AUGUCUCAACGAUCGCCAGACCACAUUGGGAUGGAUGAUGUUUAUCUAGGUGGACAAGUACCACAUAAAAAGCAGCAUGAGAAACAACAUCAACAACAUCAACAAAAGCAGCAGCAGCAACAGCAGCAACAGCAACAGCAAAGGCGACAAGGGGCUGGUUUCUCUUCUAAACAGAUGCUAGAUGCUUACAUAUACGAUUUUUUCUCUAAAUCGUCGCUCAAGAAUACUGCAGCGACCUUUUGUCGUGAAGGUGGGCUAGUAGAUGUGAAUGGUGUAGCAAAGACUCCUUCGGUUCUCGACGAGGUCAAGGAUGCUCCACAGGGGUUUUUGUAUGAGUGGUGGCAGAUUUUCUGGGACCUCUUCAACGCAAGGACACAUAAGGAAGGUUCUGCCGUGGCCAAGGAAUAUACCAAGAUUCUAUCCGAUAAGCAAAAGCAAGAAUAUGCAUACAGGUCUCAUGCGGUCCAGGCUGCCAGGUUGCAGCGCAUGGCUGGACAAAAUGGCGAAUCUCCUGUCGAAUCCGGUCUCUCGCCGUUUGUUUCUCCCAUGCCUGGUAUGCACUAUCCACCAAACUAUGUCAACGUUCCUAAUCCAUACGUGACUCAUGAACUGAAUCAAGACGUGCGUGACUUUAACGUUACGGCUCCCACGCAAUUCGUACCGCCUGUUAUGGGUGCAGACGCUUCUGGCUGGCCAGUCAAUCCUAAUCAUCAAUUCCCAACAAAUGCUCUUUAUCACAAUCGCACUAACCAUUACUACGCGGUUCCUCCAACUCAUUCACCCAGUCCGCAACCUAUAGGUUCUAGGAGUAAAUCCAGUAGACCGCCGCUCGCAAAGAAUAAUUCUAUCACAGACAUCCCAGGAUCGCCAGUUCAAGGUUCGCCUGCUGGCUCCUACAGAGGGUCCAGCAGUAGUUUUGCUGGGCGGAUAUCGGUGAUUGAGGGUCUGCAUAAUUAUCAAAGGCAGAUGAUCAUGUCUGAGAUCGAGUACAACAAUCAAAAUAAGAAGACGACACCAUCUCCUGGGACAUCUAAUAGUACUACUUCUAAGAAACGUAUGUUACCCCCGUCAGCGGGCAUUCUUCCCCAAAACGGUACACCUACGUCGGCAAGUUGUUCGAGUUUAAACAUGAUGAAUGCCGCAAAGCCCAAGGCGGUCCGCAGAAGGUCUGCUAAUAGUACACUAGGUCCCGUCAGCAGAUCAAUGCAACCUUCUUUCUCGGACAGUCCCUCUACACCUGUUAAUGCGGCUCAUCCAAUAAAUGUCAAUGAGGUGAACGAAAGGCUGGUACUGCCCAAUUCUCUGGCAACGGUAUCAGAGGCUGUUUCAUCAAGUGGCAGCGAAUUAACUGACUCCUCAAAGAAAAGUAGUAAAAAAGUACGAAAACCGAAGAAAGCACUAGCCAUUACUUUUAGCAACAAUGGGUUCAGUUUCGUGCCACCUAACUCGGUUCCAACCCCACCCAAUGAAGCGCAACAAAAGGCGCAGUUCAGAGUUCUGGGUAAGUAUCAAGCGAAGAAGUCGCAGGCCAACAGAUCAAGUAGCAAGUCGGCUAAAGGUUCGUCAAAUGGAAGCCCGCAAGUGAUGGGUGACGAAAGUUCGAUGAGCACCCCGACGUUCGUGAACACCAUGUGGAACAGUAACGGUAAAGUGCAAACCACCCCUCAUACCAACUUCACAUUCGUCGGAGAAAAUGGUGAUAUAAGCGGUGGGGGGCCCAGCGGCCCACCAAAUGCUGACUCUGCCCUAGGCAGCAGCAGCGGUGGAUCCUAUCAGUACAACGAGACCGAUGCAGACGAACUACUGUCAAUUAAUUCGAUGCUUUCGAUGCCUGAUGUCACCGCUAUCAAAGGCGAAGACGCCCCGAAUGAUCUCAUUCCAGGUACUGACACUACAAAUGGUCUCACUGAGACUGCUCAUCAAGAUUUUAAUCUGGACUUGUUGGAACCAGGAGAACCCUCUUUCAACUUCUUGAGUCCACGACAGUAA